AUGUCUUCAAUCUACGACGCUUGUCUUUUAGUACAUUUUGAUAAGUCUUAUAUCCCAUGUAUUAAAGAGACAGUGCCAGAAGGAGUCGAACUUGGAUAUGAUGCUAUUUAUUUCUGUUCAACGUGUUGGCCUUUUCCCGAAGAAAAAAUUAAUCUUUCGAAAUUGCCAUUAGUUUAUUCAUUUAACAUCAACCAAGUAUUUUAUCAUGGAUUGUUAUUCAUGUAUGAUGAAGAGCCUUACUCAAUUUUGAUAACUACAAGAAGACCUUAUGCAUCAUUGCUUGGAACAUUCUUGAAAGAUGUCAAAAAGCAGUUUAUUAUAACAGAAAUACCAGAACCAAGCUUCGCAUUUACCUAUGUUACCUCUAUGCUCACGACAUGGCCAAGAGGUGCUGUAGAGUCAGCUGUCCUUACAUUUCCAACGAAAUCAUUAGCCAUUUCAUUUGAUAUAACACAUUUCUCGUAUAUGCAAUACAAUCCUCUUAAGUUUUUCGAUAAAGAUGAAAUUCCGAAAUUAUGGAAAGCUCUUUUCACGGGUUCUCCAGUACUAAUAAUAUCUCCAUCAGCAGACAUUUGCUGUAAAGCAUGUUUCGCUGCAUUUUCUUUGAUGACACCGCUUUUAUAUGAUGAUCAUUGUGUAAUUUGGCUUCAAAAGUCAGAUCCACGCUACAAGACCGUCAAGGAAGGUGAUACAACUUAUAAACUUGUUGGCAGCUCAUAUAAUGAAUUAGAAAAGUGCAAACAAUUUUCUUUGAUUUUACACGUUAAAUCUGCAAAGAAAUCUUCAGCUACAGAUGAAACAAAUAUUCACGAUCAAAUGUCCAAGCAUACAUCUAAGAUUCUGAAGAUAAUUUUGGCAGAAUUAGAUAUGAUUUUGUCAAUUGAUGCAUAUUCAGACUUUGUAGAUAAAACAUUUGCAACAGAACAUUUUAGAGAAAUACUGAAAGAGUUUGGAACCCCUGAUAUGCCAACUUUCGAAGAUUUCCAAUUAUUUGAGAAAACAGACACAUUUAAGAGAUGGAGAAAGGCUCAGGCAAUGCGUGAUAUACUCAGACACUCAUUAUUAUCGUAUUCUCCUCCAGAUAACUUCAGAGAUCGUUCUCCAGAAGAUUUGAUGAAAAUUAUUGAAGGAAUUGAGUCCAUGAAGGUUAAAUUUUGGAAUGAUGCCCAUGUUAUUGCUGUUCUUAAGAGUCAUGAAAGUAGAGUUGAGAAAUUAAUUAAACAUAAUUCAACUCAAAAGCAAAAACAAUAA